GCCCCCUCCCCUCCCCCUCCCCCUCCGCCUCCGCCACCUCCGCGGAUCGCCGCCCAUUCCCAGUUCGUCCUCCCCCCAUCCCCGCCUCGGAUCUGCUUCCCCCCACCGUUUCAAAUCCCCACGCGAGCGGAAAAACCGAGCGGGCGAAUCGAAUCCCGUCCCGUUCGGCGAGCGAGCGAGCGAGCGGCGUCCCGUCGGGCAGCACCGCCUCGUCGUCGGCUGGGCCUGGGUUCGGCCUCGCUCGAUCGGAUGGCGCACCGGGUGGACAACGAGUACGACUACCUCUUCAAGAUCGUGCUCAUCGGCGACUCCGGCGUCGGCAAGUCCAACAUCCUCUCCCGCUUCACCCGCAACGAGUUCUGCCUCGAGUCCAAGUCCACCAUCGGCGUCGAGUUCGCCACCCGCACCCUGCAGAUUGAUGGGAAGACUGUCAAGGCACAGAUAUGGGACACGGCUGGACAGGAGAGAUACCGUGCAAUCACUAGUGCUUAUUACAGAGGCGCUGUUGGAGCGCUCCUAGUCUACGACAUAACAAAGAAGCAAACUUUUGACAACGUUCAGAGGUGGCUCCGGGAGCUCCGGGAUCAUGCAGAUGCCAACAUUGUUGUCAUGAUGGUCGGUAACAAGUCGGACUUAAACCACUUGAGAUCGGUCCCUGAGGAAGACGGCCAAGCAUUUUCGGAGAAGGAAGGCCUAUCCUUCCUCGAGACAUCUGCGCUGGAGGCGGUCAACGUCGAGAAGGCGUUCCACACCAUAUUGAGCGAGAUUCACCAGACAGUAAGCAAGAAGGCGCUUGCAGCGCAGGAGUCUGCAUCCGCCAACGGGCGCUCCAUGCAAGGAACCACCAUUAACGUUGCUGAAUCAUCCGCCCCCACAAAAGGUUCAUGCUGUUCUUCUGGCUGAAGAACUGAUUGCAGCCGUCAGAGGGGAAGUCUGGCAGCGUUCGUUUAUGCAGAGCUGCACAUUGCAGCGCCUAGGUUGUAGAUCGCUUCGCAUUAUCUGUCUCCAGAAGCCAUUGACUGGUGAUUCUUUUGUCGAAGGAACUUUUCCUAGCAUCAUACAUUGUAACCUGUCGAAUCACAGCAUAUUCCUUUUGCAUUUGUUGUUUAACCUAUCCCUGUAUACUUGGAAGGAUCGGAGAGCAUUCUGUACUCUGUAACACAUUCUUCUCCUGAUGGUAUAAUAAUCUCCAGUACCGUUUGGACUUGCA